AUGACAGAUGCCUACUACAACAACCAGCUGCAAAGCUUCUUCUCACAGCUGGUACGGCCAAACACGAUGGCCACAGAUGGUCCAGACUUGCAGCUCAUUUCGACGGCAGGCACGUCACCGGGCAGCAAGUCAAACAAGUCAUCCGUUUCGCCUAAAGCCAAGACGCCAAGGACUUCCAACCUCUCAACAGAAGAGCGGAAGAAACCACGAGCGACACGCCAUCGUAGCACAGGCUGUGGGACGUGUCGAAUGCGCAAAAUCAAGUGUGAUGAGCAACUUCCCUAUUGCAGAAAUUGCCAGCGUACCGAACGAGAAUGUCUUGGUUACCGCACACCAGAAGAGCUAGCGAAUCCUCAGCUAGACAGGCAACGCCUUGUAACGCGACACAAACAGCGAGCUGAGAAGAAGCCUGAUAUAGCACCAACAAACCAUUCGAAUUCGACCCAUGGUGGAGUCACGACUCAGGGGACUACGCCAGAAAGCCAACUGUUCUCUAUGUUCCCAGGUGCGCAUGGAACACACUCUGAUACACAUGUGUCGCAGAUUGAUCCUCAGUCCUCGAUGGACGUGGUACAUGAUGCACAGCCCAUUGACCUCAUAUGGAAUGCUCAAGCCCUACCCAGCAGUUUCAUUCGAUUAGAGACUUUCUUCUUUCGCCGCUUCAUCACUUCGGUCUGGCUCCACAGCUAUUCCGACCUGUGGCGAAAUAUGCUGCCUUCUGUGCUCAACACAUCAGCACCGCUAUACCAUUCUGUUUUGGCGCUCUCUGCCAUGUACAUGUUCAAGAAUGGCAUUGAUAGAAGAGCAAAGGACAGUGCCAUGUCUCACUAUGCAGUGGCUGUCCAACAACUACAAGCAGCGCUCUACAACCCACAGGAAGCAAUGAAGGAUACAACAUUGAUGGCAACUGUCAUUAUGGGCUUCUACGAGAUGCUCGACAAGGACGAUCACAAGAGUUGGUGUGCUCAUACAAAAGGUGCCCAGCAACUGAUCCGCUUGCGUGGGCCGAGAGCCACGUCGUCUGGUCUUGGUAAGAUGAUGUAUGUCACUUUGCGAGGGUUCGAGACUGUUCGAGCGAUAUUGGAAUACGAGGAAACUCUAUUUGCUGAGGAGACCUGGACCAUUCCUAGCGCAAACCCAGCGACACGUUUCCACUUUGCAGAGCUGCUUGGCCCGCAGUGCCCACCCGUCAGUCCUGAUGCACUUGCAACAUCGGCUCCACCGGAUUACGCCUCUGUGUUGUACAUGCUUGGCUCCAAGGUCGGCUCAUGCCAGGCAAGAGCUCACAAGCUUUACAAAAGUGGACAACUCACACCUCCUGCUAAAUGCCAGGUCUCCAUCGAGGUGGAGACUGUGGUUGAGCAGCUAAAGCAAUGGCGCAUGCUGCUACCGCCCGUGUAUGAUGGCAGGGAGGCACCGAGUACGUUGCCAUUGUCCCCGUACAAGAUGAUCACGAUCUUUGACGGUCCACUCGAGGCACAGCAGAUCUGCUUCUAUUGUGCAUUUAUGCUGCAGGCGUUUCGGAUACGCGCCAAGUAUGUGCUGGAUGACCCAACGGAUUUGCCACCUGAAGCACAAGACUUGGCCAGGAAAAUCAUCAAAGUGGCCGACUACCUGUCAGCAGGAUUGACCACCACCAGUCUGCAAAUUACAUGGCCACUCUAUGCAGCGAGUAUUGCGCUGUGUGACCGGGAAGAACAGGCCUGGGCGAGGCGAAUGAUGAAGGCGAUUGCCUCUGAGAAGAGAUGGGCCAUUGCGAAACAAGCGCUCAAAGCGCAUUCAGUGGAGGCAAGACCGCACUCAUCCAGUGUCGCGUAUGCUGUACUGGACGAGCUGCGGAGUAUAGAACAAGCGCGACAGGUGACGACACCGUCAAGGUCACGGUCGCUGGUGGAGUUCCUCAUCGGCCUGUCACGUCCUACCUCGACAGACUUGGCAGAACCUGCUCAAGCACAUGAUCCCUUUGCGCACGUCACGGCACAGUUGACGGCGGCUACAGACGCGUCCAAGGCAGCCUCUGAGAUCGACACUGAAGCUCUUAUGCUGCUUGCGGAGCUCAACUUCCAUGGCAACUACACAUACCCGCGCGACUACCACAAGGCGCUUCACUACUACCGGCAACUAGCCGAAUUGAACGGCAAUGAAACAGCACAUGAACAGCUUGGCUUCUUGUAUGCGACAGGGAUUGGUGGUGUUGAGCGUGACCAGGGUCUUGCACUCCUGCAUCAUGCUAUGGCGGCAGAGCAAGGCAGCAUUCGCAGUUCAAUGACACUGGGUUAUCGCUACUGGCAUGGAAUUGGAACAGCCCCGAACUGUACCAUUGCAUGCGACUACUAUGCUACAGCGGCAGAUCAAGCGAUAAAUUGGAUCAGGCAAGGCCCCCCUGGCGGACUUUACUUUCGUCGGAAAGCGUACGCUUUUGCUGAAGAGCUUGGCGGCCUAUACGGUGCACGAAUGAGUCAACACCACAAGUUGUCUGUGUCUGUUCAUGCAAAAGAUAUUGACGACGUGAUUGACUACUUCACCUACUUGGCGGAAAAGAAUGAUGCACAGGCAGCCUUCAAUCUGGCCAAGCUACACAGAGACGGAUCGCGUACUGUUGAGGUGGACCAUGUCAAGGCGCUUUACUGGUUCCGACGUGUUGCACGGACCUAUUGGACCAAAGACGGCAAGACUGUCAAAAACGUCAAAGCGAUGCGAUAUCAUGCCGAGACGGCCGCUUGGAUUGGCCAAGCUUACCUGCGAGGCGAGGGAACUGAGCAAGACUUUGAAAAGGCUCGCAUCUGGUUCCAGCGUGGAUUAGUCCUUGGCGAUACUGGCUGCCAGUAUGGCCUUGCCCUCAUGCAUCUGCAAGGCCUUGGAACCAUCCCAAAAGACCGGGAAAAGGCCAUCUCAUUUUUGCAAGCAGCCUCUGAUGCAGAACAUCACAUGUCUCAGCUCGUACUGGGUAAAAUUCUGAUUGAAGAUCCAGAUAUCACUUUCGCAGUUCGGCUUUUGGAGAGUGCUGCAAAGGGUGGCAAGAUCGAGGCGUUCUACUUUCUAGCCCAAAUGUAUGAGCAAGGCAUUGGACGGGAACGUAGCUGUCAGAUGGCAACACAGUACUACAAGAUGGUUGCAGAAUGUGCCGAGAGCCUACAUUCAACGAUCCCAUUUGGCAACAAAGCCUACCAGGAAGGGCGGACGGAGGAUGCCAUUAUUGCCAUGAUGAUUGCGGCAGAGUCAGGCUAUGAGAAGGGUCAAGUUAAUGUUGCGUAUCUGCUUGAUCAGCACCGUCACUCCUUCUCCUUGAAGGACAGCUUCAAACGCACUGUUGGCCAACAAAUCAAGCUGCUACGUCAAAGAAUCGGCACAGCACCACCGGAUCCAGUGAAUGCGCUGCAGGAGAAGGAAGCAGAAGAACAGCCUAGCUUGGCGGAUGAACUGGCCUUGCUAUACUACACGCGUUCUGCUUCACAAAAUAAUUGGGAAGCACUGGUCAAAGCUGCCGACUAUCACUUGGAAGGCUAUGGCACAUCUGCAUCUCCAGAAGAAGCAGUGACGCUCUGGCAGGCGGCUGCAGAUUCUCGCGCGAUACCACUAGCACUCUGGAAUCUAGGCUGGAGCUAUGAGAAUGGUGUGGGUGUGGAGCAAGACUUUCACAUGGCGAAGCGAUACUAUGAUGCGUGUCUCGAGUUGGACAAACGUGCAAAUUUGGCGGUGACCUUGUCGCUUUUCAUGUUGCGUUUGCGAUCUGCGUGGAAUACCGUGACUGGUGGUAGUGUUCGGUCCAUCAAGAAGGACGAAGAUGCUCCCGUUGCAUUCAGCUUCAAGGCCAUCUGGACGGGCUUCAAACACUUUUGGCGCUCACAAUGGGAUCUCCCCACGGACGAAGCGUAUCCGGAAGAGGAUUUCCUGGAUGAAGACUUCCCCUCGAGCGGCGAAGACUUGUACGAGUCGCUGCUCAUCCUGUCCAUCUGCCUGUUCGUGGCAGGGGCCGUCUAUGUUCGUACAAACUGGAACAACCGGCGCCUCGAUCAGCAGGCAGCAGCACAACACGGCGGCGGCGGUAAUGGCCCACCUGGUGCGCCUCCUGCUGCUGCUGAUCCGCAUAUGGCUGCAUUCAUUGGCGGCGGUGUGCGUUCCUUGAUUCGACGACGCGCAGCAAAAGACCAGUCUGCCAAGGAAGCGGCGAUGCGACCUGCGGGUACACGAGCAGCUGGUGCUGGCGGUAGUAACGCGACGCAGCUGCGUCUGUACACAGAUGAUGCUCCUGGCUUGAAAGUGGAUCCUUUGGUCGUGAUGGUACUGUCUGUUGCGUUUGUCGGCUCUGUCUUUGCUCUUCACAUCAUUGCCAAGAUCAUCUCCAAAUUCAGCGCAUAG